GUACUAUUUCGUUGCACGAAACCGGUACGUUUUCUAUCGCACUUGCAACGAAUUUAUAAGGCUGCAAAACUAAUCUAUUCCAAUUAUGGCCAAGCAUCAUCCAGAUUUAAUUUUCUGUCGUAAACAACCAGGUGUCGCUUUGGGACGUUUGUGCGAGAAGUGCGAUGGGAAAUGCGUUAUUUGCGAUUCGUACGUUAGACCCUGUUCCCUAGUUAGAAUAUGCGAUGAAUGUAACUACGGAUCCUACCAGGGACGAUGCGUAAUUUGCGGUGGACCAGGAGUAUCAGAUGCCUACUAUUGUAAAGAAUGUACAAUUCUCGAGAGAGAUAGAGACGGCUGCCCGAAAAUAGUGAACUUAGGAAGUGCUAAAACAGAUUUAUUUUAUGAACGAAAGAAAUAUGGAUUUAAGAAGAGAUAA